AUGUUAGUGACUUCACCUGAGCUCAUCCCAAAUGGAAAAUACGUACCUGGCUGGGACGCCUUGACCAACGACUUCAAGACUGACUCCGUGGCCUGUGUUUUCUUGACCAAGGAAGAGGAAGGCUUCGGCCGUCAUGCACAAGAUCCCAGAAGACCGACGCAGUGCCUUUGCCAUAGGAUCUAUGGCGGAGAGAAGCCUUGGGGGUGUGAGUGGUAUGUCAAAUGGUUCGAGAACGUCAAGGAAGCAGUGGAGCGGAAACAACGUUUGAAAGCUGUGUUCUUUCCAGGACAAGUCGGACUUGGCAAGCUAACCAUGGAUGAGCUUUCGCAGCCCUCAGUUGACUUGUGGGAUGGCAUUGGCAUAGGUGGAUCUCAGAAGUGUGAGUUGGCGACGGCAGAUGACAUGGGCUGGGAGUAUGAUGAAGUUGACGUCACCCUCCUGUUGGAAAACCAGUUUCCGAAAGGCACUCCAGUUCAUGCGUGGUGCGAAGCGCAGCAAUCAUGGCGGACGGGAACGGUUGUGACGCAGAAGAUUCAAGAAAAGGAGAAGCUAUCUGGCGCGAAAGAGAUGAUCAUUGACAGGUUGGUUGUUUGGGUAGUGCAAUGUGACGAUUCAGGCGAAUUAUUGGAGACCUCACGCGUUUCCGACACGGCCAUGACGGUGAAUCAGAUGCUACAAGAUUUCGGUCGAAAGAAAUUCCAAGCUGUGCUGCAAGAGUGCCUUCGUGAUAUUCCUGUGCUUGAAAUUGACACGUCUCGUCUGUGGAAUGGCCUUUCGGCCCUGAAAAUCAGGAUUCAGAUUGGGGGCAUCAGCUCUCUUCAUGUACUCAGAGAUCGAGUUCUGAGCGGUGAGCUGCAGGGUCAAAUCAACACCGCCUUGUCCAAGAACAGACCGCUGUCUAAUGAGUCAGAUGAGCUUUGGCAAGUUCAAGUCGACAAGACGCGAUUCUUUGAAUUAUAUGAGGACAACCUUUUGGCCCUAGAGGAGAUGACUCCUCACCAGCGUGAAAAGCUUCGAGACAUCAGGGGGAUGUCGUCCGUACACUUGUCGGCUCCAGCCGGAGCAGGCAAGACCUUUGUUGCAGUCCAGCGAGUGCUUGAGGUUCUAAUGGAAGACAAUGGACAUCGAGUGCUUUAUGUUGCACCUUCGCGGGAACUGGUCUACCAUUUCUUGCAGUGGAUGGUCAUGCGCCUCUUGGUUCAGUUUCCAGACCCCAUGAAUGCGACUAUCCAGCAGCUCUUGUCUCACAUGGUGGUAAUGCACAAGCCUUACCGUAGUCUGCGCACCCCAAAGAUAGACGAUGACAGCAUCGAGUUUGAGGAGGCAGAGAAUAUUGGUACGUUUGCUCUUGCUGUCCUUGACGAAAGCCACAACAUUUAUCGCUCGGAUGCGGAUCGCGGUAUCCUCGAUGAUCUCAAAUACGUCCGCACACUGCUGUUGUCGGACGAGUCACAGUCUUCAGCAGUAGAAGCCAACUUUCCUUCAAUGGAGAGAGUUCGACUCCAACAGGUGGUGCGGAGCACCAAGCGAAUUGUGGCUGGUGCCUCGCCGUUUCAGCUUGGCUCCGAGCCCGUGACAUCCGCUGGUACAGAUGGCCCACCCUUGAAGACCUUCCUCUUCGACGUGUCGAAGGCCACGGCAGAAAAGGGAGAUUGGGCAACGCAGUAUGCCCACUACGUGGUAGAUGCGCUGAGGCAUGUCGCAAAAGCAUUUCCGGGCGUCAGUCUCCACAAAAGAGUUGCCCUUCUAGUCCCGGACGAUGGCUUCAAGAGCGCCCUGGAGCCGGUUCUUUGGAAGGCUCUCUGCGAAAGGUUCCCACAGCGCAACUUCCGGCUGAUCAGUUUCGCCCAGUCCUUGCGAUCGCUGCCGGAACGACUCCGGGGCCAUGGUGUGCAGAGACUCGGGCAGGUGGAACACAUGGUCUUGGACAAGAUUGAUGUUGCCGAGGGCCUUGAGCAGCUUAUUGUUAUUUGUAUAGGCUUGGAUGCAGCGAUUCACCGCGAUGUAGGUGAUCUCUUGGUCCGCGCGCAGCUGUACAAGGGCAUCACUAGGGCACAGCUCAUGGCCAUUGUGGUCAACAAGCGAGUUCCGAAUGGAUGGCUGGAAUUCCUGACGAAUGUGACACGCUGGUUGUUACUGGUGAUGGGUGUUGGUGGUUGUAGAAGAAGAUGUAGUAUUAGUAGUAGCAGUAGCAAAAGUAGUCGCCGUCGUCGUCGUCGUCGUCGUCGUCGUCGUCGUCGUCGCAGGGAACGAAGGGAAAGGAUCUGUAUGGCACUCCCUGUAUAA